AUGGCUGUCCUUUCGCCUCCCCAGGAUUUCACAUCCGAAUCGUCCGUCGACAAGGCCGUGCCCGUCUACCAGCGCGAGAUGGGCGAGUCCGUGACGCUCAGCGAGCCGGCCAGCGGCAGCCUCGCUCCCGCCGACGAGGCGCGGUGGCCCAAGAUUCGCUCCCUCUGGCAGGACGCCUUUUCCGAGUUCCUCGGCACCAUGGUCCUCAUCCUCUUCGGCGACGGCGUCGUCGCCCAGGUGGUCCUCAGCAAGGGCACCAAGGGUGACUACCAGAGCAUCUCCUGGGGCUGGGGCAUCGGCGUCAUGUUCGGCGUCUACGUCUCGGGCAAGUCGGGCGGUCACAUCAACCCGGCCGUGACGUUGACCAACUGCGUCUUCCGCGGCCAUCCCUGGCGCAAGUUCCCCGUCUACAUGGCGGCCCAGAUCCUCGGCGCCAUGGCCGGGGCCGCCAUCGUCUACGGCAACUACCGGUCGGCCAUCGACCAGUUCGAGGGCGGCGCCGGCCUGCGGACCGUCACGGGGCCCAACGCCACCGCCGGCGUCUUCUGCACCUACCCGGCCGCCUUCAUGACGCGCACCGGCAUGUUCUUCUCCGAGUUCCUCGCGAGCGCCAUCCUCCAGUUCGUCAUCUUCGCCCUCGCCGACUCGGGCAACAUCGGCGCCGGGCCCCUCAUGCCGCUGUGCCUCAUGUUCCUCAUCUUCGGCAUCGGCGCCUGCUUCGGCUGGGAGACGGGAUACGCCAUCAACCUCGCCCGCGACUUUGGCCCUCGUCUGGUGACGUACAUGAUCGGCUACGGCGGCGAGGUCUGGUCCGCCGGCGGCCAUUACUUUUGGAUUCCCAUGGUCGUUCCCUUCUUCGGCACCCUCACGGGCGCCGCCCUGUACGACCUGCUCGUCUACGACGGGGAGAGCCCCAUCAACAAAGCCUACCUCGGCUUCGACCGUUUCUUGAAGCCCAGGCGAAGCGUGUGGUCGAACACGUACGGCAAGGACGCCGACGCGAGGGUGUAG